AUGGUGCACUACGUAGAUGACUACGCUUCCAUCGAACCCCCGUACACCAUACAGUCCGGCUUCGACUGUGUACACCACCUCAUGAAAACAAUCGGCUUCAAGUUUAAGCCUAGUAAGGACCAGCCACCGGCCAAAGAGCAGCACAUCCAAGGGGUCAUCAUGACUAUCAGUGAAACCUCGUUCACAGUCGCCACUGACCCCGCGCGCACACAGCGCAUCACAGCACAGCUGCACGAGAUCAUGGACCGAGGAACCAUGUCCUCAGAUGAAGCGCAUCGAUUGGCAGGAAAGCUCCAGUUUCUUUCCGAAGCUAUGUUUUCACAAGCAAUCCGAUGUUGCAUACAGCCCCUGUACGCACGCGCAUCGGCACCAGUCCAGCACGCACAGAUCCCACUGGGAGACGGGAUUAGAGACGCCUUGCAGACAGUUUUGAUGAUUUUACCAAAUGCCAGACCUCGCAUUUUCCAAUUUUUCCAAUCACCAUGCUCCAUUGUGUACGCUGACGCGUACUUCCAGGCUGGAGACGAGAAGAUCAACCUCAGCACUGCGCUCAAGCGCCAAGACUGGCACACGGAUGCCACCAACCUCUUGACAAAUGGUUGGGGAUUCGUCAUCCGCCGGCCAAAUCAAGAGUGCUACUACGCACAUGGAGCGAUCCCGGGCUAUUUGCUCGGCAGGUUCACCACGAGACGGGCAUUCAUCUAUGCCUUGGAGAUCAUAGCCCAGCUCCUCUGUUUGGUGGCUGGCAAGCCCUACAUGGAGAACAAGAGCCUGUGCUUCAUAGACAAUGAGCCGGGCAAAUUCGCCCUCCAGAAAGGGUACGGCAGAGACACCAAGGUCAACCGCCUGUUGGCAUUCCUGUGGCAGUUCGUGGAGAGCUCCAAUCACGAACCACACUGGGAACGAGUGACCUCACAGGCUAACAUCUCGGACGCCAUCAGCCGAGGAGAUCUCUCGCAGGCGACAGCCCUGGGAUGGAAGCGGAUCGAGUUCGACUGGUGCGCUCUGUACCACACUCUCGACCUGGCCACCUCAUCCAUGGAGAAGGCCAUGCACCUCGGAGCUUCACUGGCAACACCUCCGGACACCACGGGGGGCAG